AUGAUAAAGGGGCAGAGGUCAGAGCCGCUGGCGACAGGCCAUUCUUCUCCCCAAGGGGGCUGCAGGAACCCAGACACAAAGGAACACCCGGGGAAAGUGGCAGGAGAGAGAUCCGAGCAGCUGCUCCCCGUUUCCCCACCCAGGAAAGGCGGGGGGGAGGCCCCAGCCCCUCUCCGAUGCUGUGGGGGUGGCCUGAACAAAGGGGCGGCUCCUUGCUCAGCUGCAGCAGCGCAUCUCUCUGGUUCCUGCACAGCUGGGAGGAAAACAAACACCAGAGUGCAAACCAGUUGGAAACAAACCGAACUCGGCAUCACCCAGAAGAGCAAAGCAGGCAGGGCCUUGUGGUCUGUCAGGGAGCCGCAGGGUCGGGAGCUCGGCAGGGCUGGGCAGAUCCGGCCCCCUUUGUGCGGCUCCUGCCUGCCCGCCCUCCAGCAAUCCAGUGUGUGGGGAAGGCACGUUCUCGGCCGUGGGCCCCGCCGCAAUCGCGGGGCUGCUGACUCAGACUCCGGGGGGGGGGGGGCAGCAAGGCAGAGGGGCUCCCCACCUGCCCGGGCCGCGCUCUCCUCCUUCUGCGGCCCGCCACUCAAGCCCACAGAGAGGGGAGGCAAGGCCGGCUUCGGCUUGUUCCAGGCGGGUCCUGCUCGGUGCUUCGGGGCGUUGGACGGACAGGUGAAGGGGAGAGAGUCGAGACCCCGUUCGUGGGCGGGCGCCCGCUCCAGCCCCACAGCCCGACCCACCCUGCAAUGGGCCCCCCUCCGCCGCCCGCUGCCCUCCAGCGGGCUUCACGCCAGGCCGGGACACUUGAGGACAUCGGCGGCUGCCCGGGUCGCGGCUCUUGGGGAGAGCAGCACCGCUGAAGGGUGAGAGGCGAGGUGGAGGGUGGAGGGGGCAGCCUCGCCCCUCCCUCUGGGUGGGCUCGCAUUGUGUCCGCCAGGCUGCGAGUCGUCCCCCCCCGCCUCCCUCCCCCGCCCGC